CAAUCACACUCGAUUUCUUUAAGACGCGUAACGUAGGAACAGAAGGGUCUUCUUGAAGGCACACUGUACAAGGUUGUUGCUGCAGAAAAAUCAUAAAUGGGGGUGCUGUCAGCACUGAUGCGGGGGCUCGUGAGAGGAGCUGACAGAAUGGCAGAGUUCACGAGUAAGCGUGGCCCUAGGACAUUCUACAAGAGCAGAGGAGCCAGACCCACUGGAGUGCUCACCUCUAGCAGAAAAUUCAUACCUGUACGGGCCAUGAUACCAGAGUUUGUGGUGCCUAAUUUGGAAGGAUUUAACCUGAAACCCUAUGUAUCAUACAAGACCCCAGAAGGAACAGAGCAGCCCAUGACUCCAGAGGAGCUCUUCACUCAGGUGGUGGCUCCACAGAUUGAGAGAGACAUCGAGGAGGGUGUGUUCAACAAGGACAAACUUGAAAAAUACGGGUUAGAGAAAACGCAAGAGGGAAAGUUGUUCAAGUUGCACCCCAAGAACUUUGUUCGUUAAGUAGACUUUUUUUUGUGUGUUUCAGAGAUUUGAAAUAGACUUAAAACACACUUGUGUGAAUAUGGAUCUUCAUCUAGAUAAAUAUUUACUAUAAAAGUCAAGUCAGUUUUUCAGAAAUGCACUUAAAACUGACAUUCUUUAAAUUUUCAGUUUGCCUGGGUCUUCUGAUAUGUCCAGACCAUGUCAAAACCACAUCAAUUUCAAGUGAAACUCCUUAGAGAAAAACUAUUUUACAAAAAUAAAUGGAUAUGUGUUUAUUAA